UGUAUAGAAAAUAUAUCGAUGUAUAUCGGAAGGUCAAAAACAUCGGUUUUCUUCCGAUGUUUUUUCUGCAUCCAUAUCACUGGCAUGUUGUAAACAAAUUAUUUUGUAGAAUUUUAGUGUUCUAUUUCAAUGCCAUUGUAGUAAGUUAUUAAAAUGUUUAAUGAGACAUGCUGUUUAUUAUGCUUAGAAAGUUCAAAGGAUCAAAUAGAUUUGGAUUGCACAGAUGGAUUCGAUUUGAAUGGACGAGAAGUGAUUGAAUUGCAUUUUAAGGAGGAGUUGGAUAUGAUGACACAAAUUGAAAUAAAAUUCAUUUGUCGGAAAUGUUGGGAUUUAGUAGAAACAUUUCAUAAAUUUUAUGAACAUGUCAAGCAAGUACAUAAGGAAGCGGCGAACACAUUGAAAAGUGUCACUUUGGAAAAGGAUAACUUUGAAAUAAAAGAAGAAAUCAAUCAGAAUGAUGACGCACAAAUUGAACUCAAACGUCGUAGGGGACGUCCUAGACGCCAAAAGGCGCCUGAAACUGUGGAAGUACUUUGUGAGCCUGCCAUACCGCUUAAAGAAUGUCAAGUUAAAAUUGAAGAAUUAAUAUUACCCCCCACAAUUGAUUCCAAAGAUAUCUAUAAUUCAGCUGAGAUUGUUUCUGAACCAUUAGAGGUUAAAGAUGAGACUUCCCCUGAGGACUUUGUGGAUAAUUUCAAUUGUUUUGAUGGUGAGAAUAGUAGGUCGGUGAGCUCAACUUCUGUAAACUCUGAGAGUCAAGAGGAUGAUGAAAAACCAAAAAGACGGAAAUUAAAAACAAAAAAAUCUACAAAACCGUAUAACAAAAAACGGCACAAAACAUCGGACCACGAUGAGUUUAUAGCACAACAUUUUAAAUUGACUUGCUCUCUCUGUGAAAAAACUAUAAACGAUUUUCGAGAAUUGAAAAUUCAUUAUCGCCAGGUUCAUCAAACCAAUGGCUAUGCAAAGUGUUGUGGUAAAAAAUUGUACAAUCGCGGCGUUCUAGUUGACCACAUACACUUUCACAAUAAUCCUGAAUAUUUCAAAUGUCAACUUUGUGAGAAAGUCUUAUGCGAUCGUAGUAAUCUCGAAUCACAUUUACAGCAUUUUCAUGAUUCCAAAGAACGUACCACAUAUAAAUGCGAAAUAUGUUCUAAAUGUUUUUAUCGACGCAAAGUACUGGCACGACAUAACCUUAUACAUGCACCCGAAGAAGAGAGAAAUGUUAAAUGCACACAGUGUGAGAAAACAUUCUGCAACCAGUACACUAUGAAGCAACAUCUAAAUCUCAGCCAUCUCAAUUUAUACGCUAAAAUUUGUGAUAUUUGUGGCAAAUCACUGAACGGCAAAGACGCCUUUCAACGGCAUCAGGAAGAGCAUGCUGGUGUGCAAAGGACAUUAGAGAGGUGCAAAUUAUGUAAUAUAGAGUUAAAGACGAAAUAUGGUCUGGCGAGACAUAUGAAAACGAUGCACACCGAACAAUAUCAAACGCCGCAGGUUUGCACAGUUUGCUCUAAAGUAUCGCCCACACUACGGGCGCAUAAAAGUCACAUGGAAUAUAUGCACAGCGGGAAAAAACACAUUUGCAAUGUAUGCGACAAAACAUUUAAACUACCCAAAUGUUUAAGGGAACAUAUGGCCACGCACACCGGCGAAACAUUGUAUACUUGUACAUUCUGUCCUCAAACUUUCAAUUCCAAGUCGAAUAUGUAUGCUCAUCGCAAGCGAAAACAUCCGAAGGAGUGGUCUGAAAAAUGUUCAAAGCGAAUUAUUUCGACUGGAAUGGUGCAACAGGCGCAAAACGAGUUAAUGCCUAUGGCGAUUGUUAAAAUGUUUAAUGAGACAUGCUGUUUACUAUGCUUAGAAAGUUCAAAGGAUCAAAUAGAUUUGGACUGCAAAGAUGGAUUCGGUUUGAAUGGAAGAGAAGUAAUUGAAUUGCAUUUUAAGGAAGAGUUGGAUAUGAUGACACAGAUUGAAAUAAAAUUCAUUUGUCGAAAAUGUUGGGAUUUAGUAGAAACAUUUCAUAAAUUUUAUGAACAUGUCAAGCAAGUGCAUAAGGAAGCGGCGAACACAUUGAAAAGUGUCACUUUGGAAAAGGAUAACUUUGAAAUAAAAGAAGAAAUCAUUCAGAAUGAUGACGCACAAAUUGAACCCAAACGUCGUAGGGGACGUCCUAGACGCCAAAAGGCGCCUGAAACUGUGGAAGUACUUUGUGAGCCUGCCAUACCGCUUAAAGAAUGUCAAGUUAAAAUUGAAGAAUUAAUAUUACCCCCCACAAUUGAUUCCAAAGAUAUCUAUAAUUCAACUGAGAUUAUUUCUGAAGCAUUAGAGGUUAAAGAUGAGUCUCUACCCGAAGACUUUAUGGAUAAUUCUAUAUCAGCCGAGAGUUCAGACUCUGAUGAAAAAGACAGUGAGGAUGAAGAUCAACCGUCACAAAGAAGGUCACGUAAAAUAAAAAACAAAAGUAAAGGCGUAAAUAAAAAAACUGCGGAAUCGGAUGAAUAUAUUGCAAAGAAAAAUUUUAAAUUUACCUGUUGCAUUUGUCAAAUUCCAUUACAACAUUUUAAACAUUUGAAAAGUCAUUUUCGUAAAGAGCAUCAAACGAGUGGUUAUGUGCUCUGUUGUGGUAAAAAAUUACCAGAGCGUCGUUUAUUAAUUGAUCAUAUUCAUUUUCAUGAAGAUCCCGACUACUUUAAAUGUAAACAUUGCGGAAAGCGAAUGUCGGAACAACGUAGCCUCGAUCUGCAUCUUCAGUAUGCGCAUGGCAAUCGGGAACGAGUACAUCGUUGCUCCAUUUGUUCGAAAGGAUUUUUCCGCGCCUCUUGCUUGAAACAGCAUUAUAAUACGCAUGUUACAGAAGAUCAAAAAACAGUACCGUGCUUAGAGUGUGGUAAAACCUUCCCCGAUGACGUUGAAUUAAGAAAACACAUGCGUCUAACACAUUUGAAUGUUUAUGCAAAAAUAUGUGAUAUUUGCGGUAUAUCGAUAAAGGGGCGCGAUGCGCUCGAACGACAUCAGGCUGAACAUGCAGGCGUGCCACGAAAACUAAUAAAAUGUGAUCUAUGUGAUGCUGGGCUCACUACGAAAUAUGGCUUAGCACGUCAUAUGAAAACUAUGCACACCGAGGAGUAUCAAACGCCGCAAGUCUGUCCGAUCUGCUCUAAAUUGUCACCAUCUCUGCAGGCGCAUAAUAACCACAUAAAAUAUAUGCACUCCUUACAAAGGAAACAUGUGUGCAAACUAUGUGACAAAGCUUUUAAACGGCUUACCGAUUUCAAAGAGCACAUGGCCACACAUACCGGAGAAGCUUUAUAUACCUGUAGUUUUUGUCCACAAACUUUCAAAUCGAAUGCCAAUAUGUAUUCUCAUCGAAAGAAGAAACACGCUAAAGAGUGGGCAGAGCAGUGCGCGUUGAAAAAAAGCUUGGCGGUACCUUUAAAGAAGGCCAUCGCAACUGACCAAUAAAACAAUUUUAGCAAAUAUGGUGGAAACCAUAUAUUUUUCGGUUGAUUUUAACAAAUUUGUAAAUUUUUUAUUAAUAUUUUGAUUAAUAAGUUUUAAUUUGUAUUUUUCCGAAAAAAAUCACAAAGCUAUAAUAAUGCAGAGUAAAAAAAUAAAAAAAAAUAUUUAU